AUGACCGCUCAAGAUGAGUCGAGCGGGACUCCCUCGCAACAUCCUCAGGCGGGGGACGAGGAGCCUUAUCAGGGGUUGCAGAAGGGGUCCUAUACUGAGCAACAACUGCGCCAUGCUUCUGCUCACCACUUACACAUGACGAGUCGGCGCUUUUUCAUCGGUCCGAUUCCCAAGGGCUGGAUUAAUGGUCAUCGCAAAUCAUGGUAUCGCGCACGUCUACAGUUCAAGAACUACUCAUCCAAGACUCUCUCAUUCUCCAUCGACCCUGUGGCUGCUCACUACAAUCAAGGCCAAACCGACGGUGUAGGCCACGUGGUCAAUGAACCGGCUCAAGAAGCAAUACUCACGCUGCGCGAUUCUCACGACGCAGCUGCUUCUGAGGACGAAAGCGCGACGGAGUCGGUAGGGUCCGAGGACGACACGCCCGGGGAGCUGCGGACGUUGUCUCACCCCGUAUCGGAAGAUGACGUGAUUGGGACGGAUUCCGAAGCCGAACGCACCACAGGGGAGAUUGCUACCUCCACCGAGGGGAAUGAAGUGAUUAACGUGCAUGCCGAGGGCGGAUCCGCAUCCGAGGAGGAUUCCGAUGCAACCCCACGGGCGAGUGCCCGCCCCCGUUCCAGGCAUGACGGCUCACCAAGCGACGACGACGAUCACUCGAGCGGCGACGAUAAUACGGCCUCGUCAUACGUGACCGCUAGGGAAGACAUUGCAAGCAGCGUCAAUACAGACCACACCUCGUCUACUGUUCGCCUCGCGAGACCGUCACCGGGAGCUCGGCAGCGAUCACAAGGAUCGCAACAUCUGAGGAUCAUCGAAAAUAGGCACGGCAGUCCCCUGACUCCGAGUGCUUCUGCGGCUCCAAGCGAAGCUGACUCCACUACUAGACUGCUCAAGUCCAGGCCUCAGAACCAAAGAUCCAAGAGCAAGGCCUCGGCUGUGUCCAAACAGACCUUGGAGCGUCAGGAGCCGCAGAACGAGGAUGACGCCGAAUUGGAAAGCCACGACCAUAAUAUCCCGAGACAUCGAAAAAUCACCAAGAAAGUGACACGGUUCAACUUGGACGACAAUGUCUUAGACAAAAAACAGAGACUGCGUUCUCGUAUUAACCGAACGCAUGGGGCGAUCUCCACAAAUCGCCCGCGCCGCCGGAAGGUCCAAGAUGGAGAGAUCAUCAAGGCGGAAAAGAUGCUGGUCUUGGUCGAAGAGACGCUCCAAGAUACUCUCCCGGAAGACUACCAGGAGAAAGAUUCCUUACGAAUGGAAUCUCGACUUGUAGAUGACUGGAAAGAAUACUUGGUUGUAUGCCGCAAAGGCUCCACUGAUGACAGCCCUUUCGUCCUGCAAAUGUACCGGACCCGUGUCAUCCCCGACGCUCAAAACCCGAAGAAUAAAUCAAAGCCGUUUUGGAACGUGCGCCUUGAUAGAAAAACCACCAGAGUCAAUCUCUACUCGGCUCUCGAUAAGACUAUUGUCAUAUGGCAUUCUCGCAGUCAUGGUAACAAAAUGUUCAUUAUACGACCCAAGUCCACAGCACAUGCCACUGAAUGGUAUACCUUGAUCAGACAGAUUCUUGGAUGGCGGCGACCAGACAUACUGCCGAUCAAUGUGCCUGACCUAGGCGUGUCCUUAGUUUUCAACAAUCCGUUCGGUCAACUUGAAGAACGGCUCGGGGUGAAAAGUGACAAGAGUCAGCACACGACGGUGCUGGGGCGUGCUGCAGCACAGGAAGGAUUCGUGGCAUCGAAUAUUAUCAAAGGCUGCAUUGAUUUAUUACAGGAUUGCCCUGAGUGGUGUGAGGUUCUGAAGUCGUGGUCCAAGACACAAAAGAUGGGUCUGGCCUGGAAACGAUACGACCGCAUCGAAUGGAUCUAUGGCGUACAGGAAGAGAACAUGUACGGAACGAUGGCGAUGCUGUCCGCACAUGAACUCGAGCUUCGACCCCGACAUCACUAUCCGACGACUAUUUCAAACGGAGGGGCUAAAGAAGAGGAGCCCCCUCCUGUCGAAGGCUUCUUGAUCCGAUUGACAUCCCAGAAGGGACUACAUCAGCGGAUGCACAAAAUGUUCUACAAGAGACUAUAUUUCUACACACAAGAUCAUUUAAUGUUCUUUUGCCGCCCGGCAAGGGCAAUACCACCUGGACUGCCACGCUUCGAGUUGCCUGAAAGCUCGGAGUUGCCAACCACGCGCCAGAUCAUGGAUCAAAUGCCAAUGUGGUGGGAUGUUGAGCCGUAUGCUUUGGAAGAUGGUGAAAUUUCCUGGCUGAAAAGUGGUAAUCCGGAAUUUGUUCGACACCAUGACGAAGAGGCGCUUGCACAGUAUCGAAGGAACGUGCACAACAUCGGUCAAGCCGAGGGAUAUAUCGAUCUCUGCAAAGUGACAAAAGUCCGAAACAUGCGUCCUUGUAGCAGUCCUGCUGAUCCCAACAUGUCCGAAGGGCCUUCUGUUAACUUCCAUCCGGAGCCCGACGACGAUCGCAAUGAGGACGGUACCACCAAGGACUUUGAGUCCGAUCGAGUCUUUGAACUGGUCCUCGAGAAUGGACUGGUGAUUCGUCUACAAGCCUUCGAUCAGGCCACGAGAGAUCAAUGGGUCAAGGGAAUGGAAGCUUUAGUGAAUUACUGGAGAAAGCGCUGCUUUGAAGAUGCUGCAGAACUCCACUCUGUACGCCAGAGGAAUCUCAAAAUUCUUGAGAUCGAUGAAGAGUUAGAAUCUGCCGUGGGGCAGUUUGCACAGAAAUGGGAAUUGAGGAAAGCGGAGGCGUCGCCACAUUUACACAACAUGUGCUUACUGGCAGGUUGUCGGCCGAUUAAGAUGGCCGGUCAACUCUAUCGCAAGCCCCGACGCCAUGCAACGUUCGCAAAAUGUCAAGUUGUCCUUACAGCAGGCAAACUGGUCAUCUUUCGAAGCACGCUUCGUCAGAGGAGCGGUACAGAAGUCCCUCAUAUCCACCAGGACCUCGAUUCCGUCAUUGAUCUGAACAACUGUUACAUUUACUCAGGACUAGCAACUGAGGCUGACCUUUUGUACGCCAACGAAACUUUUGAUAACAACAACCCGGGCGUGUCUGCUCUGCCUCGCGUGUAUCUUGCGUCAGAUACAUUUACCAGCCGGGAUGAAGACACCGCCACUACCUUCGUGAUCUGGCAGCCUCGGCGCAAGAACUAUUUCCGUGCCGAGCAUAAAGUCUCCCACGGCAAAUCCACACGAUCUCUGCGACAUGUGUCGGCACUCGGCAAGAACGGCCGAAGUAUUGUUUUUAUGGCUCGUAGCCGCAUGGAAAGAGACCGUUGGGUCUUGAGCAUUUCAUCGGAGAUGGACCGACUACAGGAAGAAAUGGAAGAGGAGAUUCGCAUUGUCCCUGCGUCAUAG